GGUAAGAAACAUAAGGAUAAUAAAGCCUCAUCUUUAACAUCAAAUAUCCACUCAAUAAAAACAAUGGCUGCUUCAGGCUACUCAUUUUGAUCUGCAGCCUCUGGCUAUUCCUUUAUUUCCUUUUAAAAAACAAUGAUUAGAGCUGCAGGCAAUGCCACAACAGUGAACAAAGCUUUUUGCUACAACAGAUUCAUUCAAAACCUCAACUGUAAUAACGCAGUAACUCAUCAAAGUGAAGCUAUCAAUGUUACACUAAGGACUCGAGCUGUUACUCAUCCUUUAUGCCCCUCACAUGUUCAUCUGGGAAAUGCUAACCAGAAAAGGAAUUCAGGGAAGAUAUGUGCAUCAAGGAGGAGCAGGGCCAAUCUCUCUUCAGAUACCUAUGUUUUAAUGGAACCAGGAGAGACUGAGGUAUUUGUAUCAGAGGAAGAAUUGAGGGCCAAGUUGAAGAACUGGCUAGAAAACUGGCCAGCAAAAUCCCUCCCCCCUGACCUUGCAAGAUUUGAAGAUAUUGAUGAUGCUGUGUCUUUCCUCGUCUCUUCUGUUUGUGAACUAGAAAUAGCUGGCGAUGUUGGUUCUGUUCAAUGGUAUGAAGUUCGUUUAGAAUAAUUUCAAGAAUCAGUUUUUGUUUGCCUUAAUUAUAGAAUGAGAACAAGGAAUUUCAAAUAACUUGCUUCAGAUAGUGAAUAAAAUCACUUCAUAGUCAUUUAUA